CGUGUGCCCAUGAGGUCGUCCAUGCUGGUCCUGUUCCUCUUCUUAAGUGCCCAGGCUGUGGCCGCAACCAGAGGGGACUUGUACACCACCACCACAGCGGCACAGGAAAACACUCCAAGUGACAACCCCGACUCUGUCCCGGUUGUCGAUCCCAAACUCUUCACCAAGCGCCACUACCUCUCACCCAGAGUGCUUUUUAGCUCUCAGCCCCCUGAUGCAGAGCCAUCGGGGUCACAGGGUGCUAGCAGAAGGACCCGAAGGCAAGCAGGGCAGCCUCAACACCGCGGGAUGUACUCAGUAUGUGAGAGUAUUAGUGUCUGGGUGGUCAACAAGACCAAAGCCACGGACACCUUAGGCAGAGAGGUGACAGUCCUCCCAGACGUGAAAAUCAACAAUGUCAACAUGAAGCAGUACUUCUUCGAGACAACAUGUCAUAGCCCUCGAUCAGGCAGCUCAGGCUGUUUAGGAAUUGAUGCGAGACACUGGAACUCCUACUGUACUAAUUCACACACUUUUGUGCGAGCGCUGACUUCAUUCCAGAACCUGGUGGCGUGGAGGCACAUACGCAUUAACGUGGCCUGUGUGUGCGUGCUCAGCCGCAAGUCCUGGCGGCAAUGAAGACUUACAACACGCGCACACAGAUUCACAAACCCAAAUGCAGUACAUACACAGACAAGCUAACAGGCAGGCAGGCAGAAGUGACUUUUUUCACGUAAUUUAUCACCAAAAACUUCUCAACCUCUGCACAAAGUAAAUUAUUAGUAUAUGUCAAAGUAUCAAGACUGCAUGUAUACACACCAGACCUGGGUCAAAGAGU